GUAUAUAAGCUUGGUUAAGGAUCGAUGUGAGUAGACAGCCAGCAAGUGUCAGCAGGCAAAGUGUAACAAAUCAGUCCAGCUAAAUAAGCAAGAUGUACGCGAAACUCGCUCUCGUUGCCCUCGUCGUUGCCGCUGCAGUAGCGGUGCCCGCCCCUGGUUACGGAGGACACAAACACGUCACCAUCCACGUGCCGUACAAAGUGCACACGAUCCAUCAUCACCACGUUUCCAAGGUUCACGUACCGGUGCAUGUCCCGGUGGUGAAGGAGGUGCCGGUGAUCAAGGAAGUGCCGAUCUACAAGCACGUCCCCGUGCCGGUGAUCCAGCACGUGCCGGUGCCGGUGAUCAAGAAGGUGGAGGUGGAGAAGCAGGUGUUCGUGCCGGUGCAUCACCACGAGGAGCAUGUGCACCACGGGUGGGAGGGCGAGUCGCUGUCACAUGGCUGGAACUGAUCGGUGCAUAGUUGUUUAGGUUAAGGUAGCAGUAAGUUCACGCUUCGAAUCAUCGUCAUUGUAAAUACAAGAACAUCAUCAUUUUUGGUACAGGCCGAGUUCAAAAAGUGUACAGUAUAAUAUAAAAGAGUUUUGUGAUAUGAUAAGGCUAUAUACACACUAUAUGUAGCUGUGUCCGUUUGUAUGAACUUUGUAAUGCUUUGAUAUCGUGUGUUAUUCUUAAAUGCCUUUGCUAUUGUAAUAAUAUUAAUGCUGUUUUGAUUUUAAACUUCUUUGGCGAAACAUUGUUUUAAAAUUAUUUUAUACUUUAGUCAGUGAAUUACAUCAAUUUAAAUUGACCGUUAUUGUUAACCAUUUGAAGUGUUUUUUGUAAUAUAUAGAGAAAAUAACCUAACAAUAAUGAAACGGCUUCUGAGUGUGUAUACAGCCAAAUCUAAUGUUUGCUCAAAUAACAAGUACCUUAUUGUAUAUACAGGAACCAAAGAAAAUAAACGAUGAAUGUUUGUUUUUA